ACUGGAACGGCGUCACAGUCGCGAUAUCGUUAAAUUGCUAACGACUCUUUCUGGUCCCGUCUCCCAUCAUGCUGUCUGCAAUCCAGGAUUAUGUUUGAGAACGACCGCUAGUUCCGACUGUUCUUGCGGGUUCACACCGAUGACUGCGCAUUCUCUUUAAAGAAGGCCCAAGCUUGCAACGAAUUCACGAUGGGAGUCGUGGUCUUCCCGACGGGCAACAUGUCCCUGGUUUCGUUGACUCUGGCGCUGCUCGCCGUCGUCUUCUGCGCUCCUCUGGUCAGUGGGAACGAGGACUGUCUAUGGUAUGUGGAUAAAAAUGGCACCUGGCAUAACGGCUUCGACUGCCCUCUCAUCACAUUCUGCUGCGGGAACUGCCACCGGCGCUACUGCUGUCUGGACGCCUUCAAGAUGAUCACGGAGAGGGAGCAGAAACGCUGCAUGCUCUUCCAGUUCAGCCCUACCACUAUAGCUGGCAUUGCCUCUUCCAUUCUGCUGUUUGUGGCCAUCAUUGCGACCAUGGUUUGCUGCUUCAUGUGUUCCUGCUGUUACCUCUACCAGAGAAGGCAGCAGAGAGGCAGGACACCUUAUGAUGCCCAACAGAUUCCCAUGGUCAGCUACCCAGUGGAGCCCAUGUAUGAUGCUUAUGGGAAACCUCUCGGACCUGCAGGUUAUCCUUUGGCUCCCCAGUACCCUGGCAUGCCCGCACAGUACCCCAUGAUGCAGCCAGGACCUUACCCACACCACAUGGAACCUGCAUACAGCCAGGCCCCACCACCUUACUCUCCACCUCAAUAUCCUCAGUGAUGUGUUCGUCUCCACACAGUGAGAGAAAGGACUGUUUCAAAAGAAGGUGGCAGCAAACUUCUCUAACACACACCAUAUAAUAAACUAGAGCUCAACUUGGCUUGGUUUUCUUGUAAAAGAG